AGGAUAAACAGCACACCGUACGGUAGGGGGGGCCAUAACACAAAGUCCGACUCUGACUCGCAUGGUUGUGUCUACCCCGUUACAGCCUGGUAUGAGUGAAAACCAGCCCGCUUCCAGCAGCCCCCCCUUUAACACGGACCAAAGUUAUCCCGGAAUAAGGACAGCACGCAUGUGCCGUCAACCCGGAUGUAGAUAUAUUUGUACGCGUCUGUUCACCAUCUCGCCAAGUUAUGUCAAAAUUGCUGUUUGGCAUGAUUUGUAUAUUCUAGCUCCGGCUGGACAAAGCUUUACCAUUCCAAACCGGUCCAAACCGGGUUAGCCAGCCGUGACAUGUGUCGAACUGCGUGGAUGUCACGUCAGGGUGACAGCUCCACAUCAGUCUGUUUCUGAAGAGCUGCACCUUUGAUUUACGAAUACGUCCUGUAACUUGAAGGAUGGACUUUAGGGGCAGGAGGCAUGAGAGAGGCAGCAACUGGACUGACCCGGAGAUAGUUGAGCUGCUUCAGCUGUGGUCCGAUGAGUCCGUCCAGAUUGAAUUGGAGAGCUCACUGCGCAACCAGCGUGUAUUUGACCGCAUAGCCCACAUUUUGCGCGAAAGGGGCAUCUACCGCACCGGUGACCAAUGCAGGGAGAAGAUCAAAAAGAUGAAGCUGGAGUACCGCCGCAUUAAGGACAAUCACAAAAUGAGGUCUUGGAAGUUUUAUGACGUGAUGGACAGGGUGCUGGCGAACCGACCGGCUAUCACCUACUCCUCCCUGGGCGGAGCUGUCAUAGCUCAACAGGUGUUUCAGAGCCCGAGCGGGCCUGACCCAUAUGUGCAGGGAGUUCCAGCAGGCUCAUUUGGUCCUGUUUCAUCAGGUGGGUUUCUGUUUGGUCAGCCUCCAAAAAGUGGAGAUCCACUGGAUAUUAAAUGUGAAGAUGCUGGUGAGAGCAUGCUGAAUUCAGCUGUUGCACCCCCUGAGAUGUACUAUGGAUCUGGGGAUGACCAGGAAACUGAUGGGCAGUCUGUGUUGGGACCAGAGGAGACCCUGGGUCGAGGAGAGAGCUCAACAAAUGCAAGAAUCUCACCUUCAGAAUUUAGUGACCUGAACAUUAUUGGCUCUGCUACAGCUGCCACCCAAGAUGUUGGUGGUCCUGUACCUGAGCAACCCAGGAAGGAGGGUUCUCGUCCUGUAACCUCCAUGAGACAGAGAAAGCGUCAUAGGGGUGGCAAAACAUCAUGGGACCACGGGGAUGCUAGAUGUGGCAGUCAUGCACGCCUGGAUAAAGCCCUUGCUACUUUCCUGACCUGGCAGCAGUCUGCAGAGGAGCGCCUGCUCUCACUGGAAGAGACACGACUAGAGAGAGAGCUGCAGGCCGAGGAGCGCAGGGAACAACGGGAGGAGAGGAGGGCUGAACAGGAGCGCCAGCAUGAGCUCCGCUUAUUCAGCAUGUUUACAGGGGCCCUGGUUGCUGUCAGACAGGGUGCUCCGACCGCUGUGACAACACCGACUGACCCCUCCUUCUCACCCCUAGCUCAUCUGUCAGCUUCACUGAUGACUACAGCCGCCCCCUCCGUCUCGUCAUCUUUAUCUCAGCCACCCUCAGGCGCUCCCACAGCACAGGGCGUUUUCUCUCAGGAAACAAUAAAGUCAACACUGCCCACAUCUGUCAAGGCCUGCCAAAUGUCUCAGAAUAUUUCAGCAACGCUGAGAGUUACAGAAACUCCUGGCCCCAGCAUAUACCUGUCCAACCGUGGUAACAGCAUCCGACAGCAGCAAGGCAUUCUCCAGGAGGGCUUUGCCCAAUAUGCAAUGGACAAACACCACGAUACAGAUAACCCUGAUGGUAUAAUCAACAUGGGUACCAGUGAGAACAAGCUGUGCUAUGAUCUUCUUCAUAAACGGCUGACCAAGCCUGACAUGCUACAUAUCGACCCAUCUUUGCUGCAGUACUCAGACUGGAGGGGACACUUGUUCCUGAGAGAGGAGGUUGCAAAGUUCCUGACUCACUAUUGCUGUUCUCCAAACCCACUGAAAGCUGACAAUGUUGUGGUGAUGAAUGGCUGCGGUUCCCUCUUUUCAUGUAUUGCUGCAAGCAUUUGUGACCCCAAAGAUGCCAUUCUCAUCCCUACUCCCUUCUACGGUGUUAUCACUGAGGAUCUGCAUUUGUAUAGUGACGUCAAACUCUUUCAUGUUCCUCUUGACUGUGAGGCCGAUGACAAAGACAGUCGACCCUUCCGCCUCACUGUAGAGAAGCUGGAAGAAGGUCUGAAAAAGGCGAAGCAAGAGGGGGUGACCAUCCGAGCUGUUAUACUGAUGAACCCACACAACCCUCUGGCCGAGAUUUACACCCCGAAGGAGAUGUUUGCCUUCUUGGAGUUUGCCAGAAGAAAUGAGCUCCAUGCCAUCGUAGAUGAAGUGUACAUGCUGACAGUCUUUGAUGAAUCAUUCACCUUUCACAGUGUCCUCAGUCUAGACAGUUUGCCCGACCCACAGAGGACACAUGUAAUGUGGGGAAUGAGCAAGGACUUUGCGAUGGCAGGAAUCAGAAUAGGUACCCUGUAUACUGAGAACAGGGACCUUGUUGAGGCUUUGGCUCAGCUGGGCUCGUUCCACGGCAUCUCUGGAACCACCCAGCACCAGGUAGCACAACUGCUUCUGGACAGAGACUGGAUCAACAAGGAUUUUCUGCCUGAGAACAGAUGCAGACUGAAAGCUGCUCACAGUUACCUGACAGGAGAGCUGCAGAGUAUGGGCAUACCCUACCUGGACAGGCCUGCUGCACUGUAUGUCUGGGCUGACCUCAGAAAGUACCUCAGGGAGUCGUCUUUUGAGGAGGAGUUGUGUCUUUGGAGGUGUUUCCUGAGACACAAGGUGGUUUUGAGCUGUGGUCAGGCCUUCUCCUGCUCCACCCCCGGCUGGUUCCGUAUUGUGUUUGCAGACCAGCAGCACCACCUUCAGCUUGGCCUUAAGCGAAUUAGGGAGGCUUUGAAAGAAACUGAAGAAAAAAGCAUCAGUCCUGAUUCUCACUCCAUCAAAGGCAGCAGUAAGGACAGCAAAAAACCAGUGAAAGAGGACAGUGCAGAUUCAGACAAUGUUGCGAUUGUUAAUUCAACAUCAUCACCCCAGAGCAAGUCAUCUGACCAGCUGAAGGAGAAGGAUAGCCCUGUUCCCGACACAGGCUCGCUGGCCCCUGAGGAGUUUGUGUUGCUGGACUGCCAAGCAUCGAAGUCUGCAGAGAGUCUGGAUUCUCUGAUUGGCACUCUCAGGCACCAGAUCCGCUCCUCUGAUUGGCUGGAGAAGAACACUCCGGAGCUGUCUGCUGGGGAGGACCCAGAGAUUCUUGAUGUAUUCAAGGCCCUGCUGCAGAGAGCCAGAAAGUAAGCUUAGGAUAAACAGACAUGAAUGUAUCUGCCAAAUUUCAAGAGGCAGCACUGCAAGUGUCCCUCUCACCGCCUGCAUUUAUGGUGAAAACCUUGACACACAAACACCUGACAUAUGGUCAGAUGUGAUGCCUAUUUUCUGAGUGAUGAGGAAACACAAGCUGAGAACAGGCUCAAGAGGAGAGAGGAAGAAGGCUAAAGCAGGCAAGGCCGGGAUGGAAGAAGAGUACUUUUCUAUCUGAUCUGCAUCUUGAAGCCUUAUUGUUGAGCUGCUAAAGGGGACUGCCUUGAUUGUUUUGUAAUCCCAAUUUAAAAGAUUUACGUUUAUUUACUCAAAUGCCAAAUGUAAAUCAUAUUACCUGCAUUCUAUUCAAAAACAUUUUAAGUCUCUUAAUCUGAAUUGAAUCUUUAUCACUUGGUCAUAUGCACUUUAUUUUAUCAAAAUGUAUUUUACUUUGUGUAAAGUAAAUGAUCUGUGAAUAAAGGAAUGAAUUCUCA